AUGUCAGAUUGUAAGGUAACACUUGAUUCAAAACUAACGGUUGUUUCAAGUAGACCUGUGAAAUCGGGUAUGACCCAUAAGUUGCUGGGAGUGGACCAUGGCAUGGGUUAUCAUACACUGCAUUUGAUAUUUUACUACAAGAAUGAAGAAAAGUGGUUUGAGUCAUUUGGAUUGGAUCCAUUGAGGGAAUCAUUGUCUGAGGUUUUGUCUUUAUACCCGACAGUAACAGGUCGGUUGGGCCGGGAGACGGAAGACGGUGGUGAUUGGGAGGUUAGGUGUAACGACGCCGGUGUUCGGGUCAUAAAGGCUAAUGUGGAUAGUACUAUUGAAGAAUGGCUAUCAUCGUCUAAGGGUGGCUCCGAUGAAGUGCAGCUUAUCGCUUGGGAUGAUAUGCCUCUUGAUACAAGUACAUGGUCUCCUUUCCGAAUUCAGAUAAAUAGCUUCAAGGAAGGUGGAAUUGCAAUUGGAGUUAGUUGCACUCACAUGAUAGCUGAUCUAACAUUCUUAUCAUCUUUCUUCAAAUCAUGGUCACAAAUUCACCGUCACGUGAUUCCCAUUUCUCACCCACCUUUCUUUACUCCAGUUUCAUUCACUUCUUCACCAAACAACAACAAUAUGAUGAGUCCAAAUUCAGGACCAAAACCACAAACAAACAUAACCUCUGCCACUUUCAAAUUCUCAAGUUCAAUCAUAAAACAAUUGGCCUCAAAAUGUCCUGGUGCCACGGCUUUUGAUAUCCUCGCAGCUUUGUUUUGGUCUCGUGUUACUGGUUUGAAGGAUUCUAAAAUGUGUAAACAAAAUCAUUCUUUAUCGAUCUGUCGAGACUUUAGAAAUCUUAUCAACCCGAAUCUCCCAGUUGAUUAUUUCGGAAACGCUUUACAUUUUUCGAAAUUUUCACUAAACUCCAAAGAAAUUAAGAAUGAAAACAAAAUAGAAGACAUAGCAAGUUUAAUACACAUGCACAUGAAAGAUGUUAGUGAGAAAGAAAUUUGGUCUUCUAUAGAAUCGUUUGAGUCGGAAAAAGAAUCGACACCGAAAUGCAUGUAUGGUUCUUCUGAGUUAACAUGUGUUUGCAUGGAAGAGGAAGAGACAGAACCGUUGUUGUAUGAAUCAAUGUUUGGUGAUAAUGAAAAACCAGCUCAUGUUUCGUGUCGUAUUGGGAAUGUUGGUGGUGAAGGUUUGGUUAUAGUGAUGCCAUCUUCAGAAGGAGGGUUUGCAAGAAAUGUGAUAGUAAUGUUGCAAGAAGAAGAAGUUGAUAAACUAUGUAAGGAUGAAGAAAUAUUGAAGCUUGAACCAACGAUUAUAUUUUCUGGUUGA